CAACCUAGCUACCCACGAGCGAGUAAACAAACACGGACGGCAACACCGGCGAAUGCAAAGCAGAGCAAUUGGAUAAGCUACUAUGGCAGAACCUGAGAAACCCACACUCUUCGACUCUAUCCGCCGCUACACGAACACUCAAAUCUCGGGCGUCCUCCACUCGCUGAUCGGAGUACCAAGCAUGCUCCAGCCACCGACAUUCUCCGACAUGGAUAACACUCCUACGAGUGACACCACCUCGACCUUGUCUCAGCCAACCACGCCCUCUGGCGAAGGGUCGCAACAGGUGGUGGAAGGAAGAGGGGAUGGCAAAGUUGAGCGAGUGAUCAGUGAAGAAUGGAAGAUCAUAGAGCGACAACUAUUCUUGCGGGAUCCUGAGGAGGUGUUUAGUAGCUUUCUCAAGGACACCGGGGUGGGGUUGAAGGGGUCGUGGGCGGAGGAAGUGUUUUGGCCCCGGGGUAGGUUUGGAGAUGUUUGGGUACGGGGUGUGUGUCGCGGUGGUGAAGCAGACGUGAAGGGGAAGGGAGGUGAGGAGGGGGAGAGAGCUAAGGCUACGGGGGAGGGGGGAGAGGGUAGAGAGACAGAGUUGGAUGCGUACGCACAGCUCCUUCCGCUAUCGACCAGGCCGGAGAAUAAAACGGGAGGAGCGGUUACUGGCUCUCGUGGACAGGGAAGUCUGGGAGUGGUUUCUUCGGUGGCCACUACCCGCUCGGUUACGGAAAACGGAGUUACAAAGACAGAGUAUAUCCUUAAGAGGAGGUUCUCCGAUGGUCAGGAGGAGUUUCUUCAGAAACGGAUCACUAGAGGUUCUGGAUGAUUACUCUUGGUUUUUUUUUUACGUGUUUGUGUCUCCGUCGUGGUCUCUUUCAUCUCCUCUGUGCUUCAGGCGUUGUUGCCUUGCCAUUCCGCUGGCUGGCUGGUUCGGGAAACUGUUCAUUUCAUGCGGGUAGGCUGGAUCGGUGGGGUUUUUUAUUUUUAUUACUGUGCUGUGUUUAUUCAUGAUUCAUUGAUUGGCAUCAAUGCACUUUUACAACGGAAUAGUAUGAUACCGCGUGAA